CUCGCCUCGCCUCGCCUCCGCCCAGCAAGCCCGGGCCUCCCCACGGCCCCCGCGGCUCUCGGAGGCGGGAACCGAGCAAAGGUCCCCGCGCCCGGCGCGCAAGACUCCGGAGACUGCGGCUGCGGGUGGUAAUCUGGAGCUCUCAAAAUGUUUGCCAAAGCAACACGGAACUUUCUCAAAGAAGUCGAUGCUGACGGUAACCUGAUUGCUGUCUCCAACUUGAAUGAUUCAGAUAAGUUACAGCUUCUAAGUUUGGUGACCAAAAAGAAGAGAUUUUGGUGCUGGCAGAAACCCAAAUACCAGUUUCUCUCUCUCACCCUUGGAGAUGUUCUUAUAGAAGACCAAAUUCUGAGUCCAGUGGUCGUGGAGUCGGACUUUGUAAAGUACGAAGGCAAGUUUGAGAACCAUGUGAGCGGCUCCAUUGAGACGGCCCUGGGAAGGGUGAAGCUGAAUGUGGGUGGCAAAGGCCUUGUGGAAAGUCAGUCCUCAUUUGGAACCCUCAGGAAGCAGGAGGUGGACUUGCAACAGCUUAUCCGAGAAGCUGUGGACAGGAAAAUAAACCUGAGAAGUCCCAUCCUGCAGCAGGUGCUGGCACAGCCAGAAGAGGUGCUAUGUGUCUUGACACAGAAGAUCGUGACCACACAGAAGUGCGUCAUCUCUGAGCAUGUGCAGAUUGAGGAGCGUUGUGGGGGCAUGGUGGGCAUCCAGACCAAGACGCUGCAGGUGUCAGCCACGGAGGACGGCAACAUGGUCAAGGACUUGAACGUGGUGCUGGAGAUCCCAGCUGCUGCUACCAUCGCCUACGGUGUCAUUGAGCUGUACGUGAAACAGGAUGGUCAGUUCGAGUUCUGCCUCCUGCAAGGCAAGUGUGGCGGCUUUGAGCAGGAGCAGACGAAUGGUCGCGCCCCCUCCAUGGACCUACUGCCCUUCGGAGAGUUCAACUUUGGGGACAUGCCUGACGGCCCACGGGAGCCCCUAAGGAUUUUAAAACAAGCCUCCCAACUCUCGAAAGAUUAUUUCCACCCCUUUGUGGAGCUGUCGGUGAUGAAGCAGACAGCUCUGAACAACGCUUUCCAGGCAGUCCUGUUCGAUGACGGAUCUCUCCUGGCCCUGGAGCAAGUAUGUGACGACAUGGUGAGGGGCCUGUCACCCCAGAAGGCCAUGCUUAGGGAGCUGCAGCGCCCUCAGCAGGAGGCUGUCACAGCCUUCUUGGAGCUGGUGAAGUACCCUGUGCCAGGCAGUGGUGCUGGCGCCAAGGAUGUGGACAGUGCUCCAAAGCUGCUCUCCAUGGCCUACUUGCUUCUCAGUGCCUUGGCAGAAAUGCCGGAUAAUGCUUCUGCUCUGCUGGGUACUUGCUGUAAGCUCCAGAUUAUUCCUACACUCUGCCAUUUGCUUCUAGCCCUGUCUGAGAAUGGAGUGUCUGACCUCAAAGAUCCAGUCUUGGCACCACUGACAGACACAGAAAAAUUUGGGAUUGUGCAGCGGCUGUUCACCUAUGUGAACAUCGACCUGGAGAGGCUGCAGACAACCGUGAAAGCCAGCAGCUGUCAGGAGCCUCUUAUUUUCCCACUAAUUCUCUGUAUAAGCUUGAAUGGACUCUGUGCAUUGGGGAGACCUCAAGAGUAACGUCAUUUGGCAAUUAUAAGUAUACACUGUU